AUGGCAGUCGACAUGAACAUCAAGGAGCUUCUGAUCAUAAGAGAUUCUGGUUUAUUAAUACAUCAAUUUCAAGGUGAAUGGACCACCAAAAAGGUCAAAAUCCUUCGGUACCUGCACUGCGUGAACGAGUUGUGCAAGAAAUUCAUGAAGAUCGAGUUCAAACAUGUUCCCAAAAUUCAGAAUGAGUUUGAUGACGCUCUUGCAACCUUGUCCUUUAUGAUCCAGAAUUCACACAAGAAUUACAUCAACCCCAUUGAGAUAGAGGUUCGGGAUCAACAUGCGUAUUGUUUCCAUGUAGAUGAAGAGCCAUGCGGUAAGAUGUGGUACUAUGAUAUCAAAAGGUUCCUUGAAGCAAGAGAAUACCCAGAGAAUGCCACUAGUGGUCAGAAACGACAUUAA